AUGGCAAAUAACCCCAAUGCUAGAGAAAUAAUAUACCAGAGUGGACCAAGCCUUGAAGAAGGAGGAAUAAAGGGUGAAAAAGAGGUGGGAGAACAAAAUGAUGACGGCGAUUUGCCAUUUCUCUCGUCAGUGCUCAAGGAACUCCACUUGGAGUCGAAAUCAGCGCUACCAGAUUUAUCGACUAUUCCAAAUAUGAUGAAUAAGAAUAGUUCAUCGCAUGUCGAGAUUCCUUACUUAGAUAUGUUCAACGAUCCUUUGCAUUUCUUACAGAAGCAGGAGAAGGACCAGAAGCUACUACUUGAACAACUAGAGAAGACGCAUAGAGAUAGCCUAUCUGCUGGAAGCAAGAAUGUCAAUACAAUAAGAUUGAAACUUCUUAGCACCCUCAACAGUUUGAGCCAGGGAUGUCAAGCGAUGAGAGAGAUCUACACAUCUGAUAGCAGCGAAAAAUCGGAUAAGAUAAACAAGCUAUCUUUAUGGGAGGGCCGAAAAAAGGAAAUAUUGCAAAGAGUGGCUGAUAUUGAAAGAAACUCUAGCACCGGAAAGUCAUAUCGUCUUCUACUUGAUAAGAUGAACGAGACAGAUAAUGAAGUUCUCAGUCUAGAGUCGAAAUUGGCCAUCUUAAAGAAUAAGCGAAAACUUAUUGGCCGGGAAUUGAUGGAGGCUAAAUCUUUGCUAGACGUUAAAGUGAACUCAUACAUUGAAACCUUAAAGCAAUUGGAAACCAAAAAAAUCAAAAAAAUAACGGAACUACAGGUAGACGGAUCUUUGCCACAGGGCCAAAUGUCAACUGCAGCCGUAAUUGAAAAUAUGCAACUGCAAGUUGAAGCUGUAAAUGAUAUGGUAGAAACCUCCCACGAACAAGAAACCAAGUGUCAUGAUUCAUAUGUUUAUCUUUCAGAUGUGUUUGAUACUUUGAUUAAAUCGGAAGAAUCUUUGGGUACUUUUAUUCACGAAAACAGACCAGACCUGAUUAAAAGCGAGUUGCUUAAUAUUAAAUGCUAUCUAUCUGAAAGGCUUGAAGAGUGCGGCAGAUUACACAUGACUCUCAUAAAAUCAGUUAUUCAAGACGAAUAUUCCACUAUAGUGGAAGCUUUAAGGAUGAUAGGAAUUCAAAUUCCGACAGAACCAGACACUAGUCCAAGUCGAAGUCCUGAAGAAUCUUUUGAAGAGGUUCAAGCUUCUGAUGUGAGUUCUACGACGCCGAGCUUUCGACCUCCAGCACUUACUACUAAAAUAUCAAAGGAAAAUGGCCAGAAUAGUGUUCACAAUGUUGUUGUUCAAGGCAAUAUUAUACUGGAGAAGUCUGGUGAGAAGAUGUAUGCCGAUAUUUUGGCCCGAAUGAAGGGUCAUAAAGGUACCAAAAAGGAUUAG